GUCCUGUACAUCAUUGUGGUCCCAGGAGCGUUUAAAUGGACUCUAAAGCGUCUCUGAGCUGAUUGUUGUGACUGACAGUCUCUCUGCUCUGUCUGCUCUCCGCCCGCAGCUCCUCACAGCCUCAACCCGCUCAGAGGAUGGAUGGAAACUUCUCACCGGCUGCUUUCUUGUCAGGAGUCUUGCUAAUAACCACCGUGUUGUCAUCUUCAGCUGCUUUUCUGGAGCCAUACGACCUCCUGUACGACAACGCGGUGCAGGCGUUUUAUAACAACGACUAUGCCAACGUGGUGCUCUUCAUGGAGGGAGCGCUCAGCAGCUACUCAGAGGUCCGCCGCUCAAAGGUCCGCUGCCGGCUGAGGUGUCAGGAUCAGCAUCUGCUGGGGGAAACUUUCUCGGACCUGUGCUUCUUCGACGUGGUGCUCCGGAGAGCUGCGUGUAUGAACACGUGCAUAGAGGAGAAACUGGGCUAUCAGUCUUUACACAAAGUUAGCGAGGAUGUAGUGCAGGACUUCCAAAGGCGGAUCCCCUACAACUAUCUGCAGCUGGCUUAUCAGAAGUUGAAGCAGCCUGACAAGGCAGCGGCAGCGGCUCACACAUACUUUCAGGCCAAUCCAGAACAUGUAGAGAUGGGUCAGAACCUGGAGCAGUACAAAGACCUGCAGGGGGUCAAAGAGGCCCACUUUGUGGACCGAGAAGCCCGUCCUCACCAGCAUUCCUUCACGGCAGGUGUGAGGUUAUAUGAUAAAGGAGACUACGAGGGAGCUAUUUCUCUGUUCGAGGAGGCUCUGGAGGAGUACUAUAAAGCAGAUGUGGAGUGUCGGGCCCUGUGCCAAGGACCGCAGCGGUUUGAGGGCCAUGAUCACCUUCGCUACCAUUACAGCCUCCAUGAACUCAUAUCAGAUCACUUCACUCAGGCGCUGCACUGUGAACACGAGUGUGUGAGAGACCUUGCCACCCGGCCAGGCCGCCUCUCACCCAUGGAGAACUACCUGCCUCUGCACUACGACUACCUCCAGUUUGCCUACUACCAGGUGGAAAUGCUGGAGGAGGCCCUGCAGUGCGCUCUGACCUACCUGUUAUUCCAUGAAGGAGAUGAGUUCAUGAUGGACAACGUGGAUUACUACAGAGAGCUGCUGGGACACACUGGCGAACCACAAGAGAGAGCUGCGUGGUACCUGAGAAGGCACAAACAUGAGCUGGAGCUGCUUCUCAUUGGCAGCAAAACCAUGGGUGUGGCAUUCACUGAAGGGAAUUACUGGGGCAGCACAGGCGGAAGAGACGACUCUAGCAGGAUUCCCUCUGGUACAGAUGGCUGGAUGGAGUACGUUCCCAUCUCAGAGAAAAAGAAUGUCACUGCAGAUGUUUCACAGCAGCUCAAAGAAGGUGGCCCCUUGGUGUAUGACAGUGUGCGGCUAGUGCAGAACUCUAUGGCCUUGAACGGGAGUCAACGGGUGCUGCUGGAUAACGUGAUAUCUGAGGAGGAGUGCUCAGAGCUCAGAGACUUGGCACAUGCUGUCACCCUCGCAGGAGACGGCUACAGAGGGAAGAUGUCUCCACACACUCCCAAUGAGAAGUUUGAAGGUGCCACUGUGCUCAAAACGCUGCAGUACGGCUAUGAGGGCAGAGUGCCGAUGAGAAGCGCUCGCCUCUUCUAUGACGUCAGUGAGCGAGCGAGACACGUUAUCGAGUCCUACUUCCUGCUCAACACCACUCUUCACUUCUCCUACACACACCUGGUGUGCCGAACAGCCAUCACAGGGCAGCAAGACCACAGGAAUGACCUGAGCCAUCCCAUCCAUGCUGACAACUGUCUGCUGGACCCUGAGGCCAAUGAGUGCUGGAAGGAGCCACCAGCAUACACAUACAGAGACUAUAGUGCACUUUUAUAUCUUAAUGGAGAUUUUGAAGGUGGGGAGUUCAUCUUCACAGAAAUGGAUGCCAAAACAGUGACGGCAUCAGUGAAGCCCAAGUGUGGCAGGAUGGUGGGUUUCUCAUCAGGAGGGGAGAAUCCACAUGGUGUGAAGGCCGUCACCAGUGGGCAGAGGUGUGCUGUGGCUCUGUGGUUCACCCUGGACCCACUCUUCAGAGAACUGGAGAGACUACAGGCAGAUGAGGUGAUCCAGGCACUGGACACACAGUCUGUGUGGGGUCAGGGUCUCAGCAUUAACCCUAAAGAUGAACUGUAGAAGCAGAAAAAACCCUAACCCAUUACCA